CGAGGCGGACCGGGUUGGGACGGCAGCGCCGGCGGAGGGCGCGCCUGCCGCCGGCUGCUUCCGCGCGGACCAUGGCGGUGCCCGAGCCGCCGCUGCCGCUGCCGCGAGGAGGCCCAGGCUCCGCUUCGCUCUCCCCGCCCCGGGGCGACCGCACCCUCCUCGUCAGGCACCUGCCGGCCGAGCUGACAGCGGAGGAGAAGGAGGACCUGCUCAAGUACUUCGGGGCGCAGUCGGUGCGCGUCCUGUCCGACAAGGGGCGCCUGAAACAUACAGCAUUUGCUACUUUCCCUAAUGAAAAAACAGCAAUAAAGGCAUUGACAAGACUCCAUCAGCUGAAACUGCUAGGCCAUACUUUAGUUGUUGAAUUUGCAAAAGAGCAAGAUCGAGUUCAUUCCCCAUGUCCCACCUCAAAUACAGAGAAAAAGAAAAGAUCGGAUGACAUUGUGGAAGAUGAUAAAGAGAAGAAAGAGCCUGACUUUUUAACAAUAGAAAAUGGAAUUGCACCAAAUCAUGGGCUGACUUUUCCUCUAAAUUCAUGCCUCAAAUAUAUGUACCCACCACCUUCAAGUACAAUCCUUGCAAAUAUAGUAAAUGCCCUGGCAAGCGUGCCCAAAUUCUAUGUACAGGUGCUUCAUCUUAUGAAUAAAAUGAAUUUGCCCACCCCAUUUGGACCUAUUACUGCACGACCUCCUAUGUAUGAGGACUAUAUGCCAUUGCAUGCGCCCCUUCCACCUACAUCACCUCAACCACCUGAGGAACCUCCCUUGCCAGAUGAGGAUGAGGAUUUAUCUAGUAAAGAAUCAGAAUAUGAAAGCAGUGAUGAGGAGGACCGACAGAGAAUGAACAAACUAAUGGAACUAGCAAAUCUUCAGCCCAAAAGACCCAAAGCCACAAAGCCACGCCAAGUGAGAAAAAAGCGAAAAAUAAAGGAUAUGUUGAAUAUACCUUCGUCAACUUCACAGAGUUUGCAUCCUGUGCUGUUACCAUCAGAUGUAUUUGAUCAACCACAACCUGUAGGCAAUAAAAAAAUUGAAUUCAAUAUAUCUACCAACAUGCCAGCAGCAUUUAAGAAUGAUUUGGAGAAGGAACAGAACAAUGAGGAAAAAAAUUCUGAUUUACCAGAUACUGGACUUGAUGAUUCAAAUACAGGAUUUGGAAAAAUUUUCCCCAAACCUAAUUUGAGCAUCACAGAAGAGAUUAAAGAUGAUUCUGAUGAAAUGCCCUCACAAUGUAUUUCUCGAAGGGAGUUGGAAAAGGGUCGAAUUUCUAGAGAAGAAAUGGAAAACCUUUCAGUUUUCAGAAGUUAUGAACCUGGUGAACCAAACUGCCGAAUUUAUGUAAAGAAUUUAGCUAGACAUGUUCAAGAAAAGGACCUUAAAUUUAUCUUUGGAAGAUAUGUUGACUUUUCUUCAGAAACACAGCGGAUAAUGUUUGAUAUCCGCUUGAUGAAAGAAGGACGCAUGAAAGGACAAGCUUUUGUUGGACUUCCAAAUGAAAAAGCAGCAGCUAAAGCCUUAAAAGAAGCUAAUGGCUAUGUUCUUUUUGGAAAACCCAUGGUGGUUCAGUUUGCUCGAUCUGCUAGACCAAAACAAGACUCUAAAGAAGGAAAACGAAAGUGAUAGCAAUGGAUAAAGAAGCAUUCCUGCGUAAAUACUGCUGUAAUACUGUCAUACAAGUGUAUCCUUUCUUGUUGUAUCCUUUUUGGGGCAGUGGUUUUGUUUCAUUUUGUUUUCUAGAAAUGUUUUGUCUUCCUUCUAUCAUUUAUCCAGAUUAAGCAAUACUUUUUAUACUUCAUUCAAAUGAAAUGGUUCUCAAGUUAUUUUUGUAGCCUGAACAAAUAUUUUACCUGUAUUCUAGAUUCACUGUUUAACUUUCUAUGUUGUCAUAUAAUCAAGGAGUUUUUUUCAGGGAAAGUUAGUGAAUCAGGUCACUUAGUGUAUACUUAUGUUUUACUGAAUAGUAUGGUAGUAUUUCUUCUCUAUUGGCUUUCUGUUUCAUGAUAUAUCCUAUUGAGGUAUCGUUCUAGUUUCAUUUUUGUUGCUGUGACAAAUACCCUGACCAGAAGCAACUUAGGGUAGAAGGGGUUUAUUUGUCUUAUACUUCCAAGUUACUGUUCAUUGUUGUGGGGAAGGCGAGGCAUGAGUUUAAAAACUCAUAUCUACAGUCGAGCAGAGAGAGAAUAAACAUAUAGAUCCUCACUUGCUUAGUCUGAGCUAGCUUUUUGCUCUCUUACACUGUUCAGGGUCCCCUUUCCUAAGGAAUGGUGCUACGCAAAAUUGGCUGGAUCUUGCAUCAUUUAACAUUCAAGACCAUCUUAUGCUCUCAGACCAGCAUAGUCUAGACAAUGGUUUAUUAGGACUGUUUCCCCAGGUUAUUUGGUGUUGUGUCAAGUUGACAAGGCUAUCCAGCAGAGUUGUUCUAUAUAACAUGUUCUAAAAUUUGACUGGGAAAGGAUCUUUUUUCCCUUUAUUAAUAACUAUAUUGAAACUAACAAAAUUCUAUAAAAA